CGUUCAUACCAAUGGAUGGACCAGACAUAACGAAAAACGUGCAAUCCGCGUGCGAUUGCAACAGGAAGCACCGCAUUAAAAAAAAUAUACGAAAGGCCCCAACCGGAUUAGUUAUACCCACGGAGCUAGUUUCCUCAAUUUCUCCGUCAGAACCUACUGAGACAGCCAAAGAUUCACUAGGAUAUUAUUGUCGAAUAUUCUUAGCAGGAGGCUUUGCUGGAAUGUGCCUUAUUGCCACGGGGCACCCACUGGACACAAUCAAGGUCCGGAUGCAAGCCAUGCCGCCACCAAGGCCCGGGGAACUUCCAGUUUAUAGCGGGGCUCUGGACUGUGCUAAAAAGACAUUUGCUGAAGGAGGUUUCAAAGCCUUCUACCGAGGGAUGGCGGCUCCAUUAAGUAUCCUGAUCGCACUAACAGCCUCAUUUUAUCCCAGCGCUAACCUUGGUUCAACGUUAGCGUCCUGCGUCACUCAAGUCAGCAAGGUCGACAAUGAGCCGUUAACAUACAGCCAGACAAUCCGCGCGGCGAUGACUGCGGCUGUGUUCAUGACGCCCGUCACCAUUCCUACGGACCGUACUAAAUGUUUGCUGCAGAUACAAAGCCAGCCAGGAGCGCAGAAAUUUAACGGUCCUAUUGAUUGUUUAUGGAAACUGUACUCGUCAGGAGGAAUAACGAAUUUAUACAAGGGAGGCGGUGUUGCGGUUCUGUUGGAGAUACCUGCUGCGGCUGUAUACUUUUCCACGUACGAAGCCGUGAAAGGCGAACAUAUACCUGAAAGGGGCUAUAUUGCUAGGGUACUUUUGGCUGGAGGGCUGGCUGGUGCCAUGUCGUGGGUUAUAACCUUGCCCGUGGAUUUUGUCAAGUCCCGUGUGAUGACAUCGUGCACGAAGACCAAAGUGUUUCACGUGCUCUGGGAUACCCUACGACACGAAGGCAUUCGAGCCUUUUACAAGGGUCUGACGCUCGUUGUCCUGCGGGCAUUCCCUGCCAAUGCUGCCUGUCUUUUAGGCUAUGAAUCAGCAUGUAAAGUACUCCGCUGUAAUUCACAUUAGUACUUUCAUAUAACAAACGCCUCAACAACGAAAGCACUCAGAGGAGUCGGAGCAACCGCUUUGGUGCCUGCAAAUCAACUCUGUCGCAACUUGUUUCCCUCGAUUGCUUCUCACACCGUUUCUUAAUGAUUUCCAAUAAUACUUUUAAUCCAUUCGGUGGAUACUCGUUCUUAUAAAGUAUUUACCUGUAUGCUCA